AUGAUGCGCAUGAAUGCUGAAAUCAAGUACGCCGCUUUGAAUGAAGGUGAAUUAGUGGAGUUGCCCUACAAAGGGGAAUCACAAAGCAUGUUACUUUUUCUUCCAAACGAAAACUUUGAUUACUCAUCAUCAUCUAUCAGUUUAGCUUUUUCCCAAGCAUUAAAACAGCAAAGCUUUUUUACCCGUAUUUUCACCUAUUUUAACUUGUUUUCUGAAAACAAGUAUUCAUUUGACUUUGACCGAUUGCGUUUUAAGGAAUUUAGAUUGUACUUGCCAGCUUUUCAAAUCAAAUCAAAUCUUCAACUAAAACCUAUCUUACAAUUAAUGGGAAUAAAAACAGCUUUUGAAGAUAUUGCCGAUUUUAGUCAAAUGACAGGUCAGCAAAAAUUACGCAUUUCACAAGUUCUGCAAAAAUCAUAUAUUAAAGUAAACGCAGAAGGAUCAGAAGCAGCAGCAACCAGCGCUGUAAUGAUUACACCUUUUUCAGCCAUUCCAAGAAGCAAUUUUGAUGUAGUUUUUAAUCGACCUUUUUUAUUUCUCAUUCGAGAUAAUCGUUUUCAAUUAACUCUUUUUGCUGGCAUUGUUAAUAAACCCGAAAAAGAUUUUUAA